AAGAGAGGUCUGUCACCGCUACAUAGUUGUGCAGUAUUUUCUCAUAAUGACAUUUCUGACAUCUUAAACUACCUUUGUAAUCUUGAAUCAAUAGGUAUAGACGGACGAGAUAAUUAUUUAAGAUCUCCUUUGAUUUAUGCAGUGAUUAAAGGAUCUAAGGCUUGUUGUGACAUACUCCUAUCCAAUGGAGCAAACAUCAACUUAAAAGAUAAACUUGGGCUAUCCAGUAUGCAUUAUGCAUCAAUGCUGCAUGAUUCUAGUGUUAUUAAAUUUCUGCUGAGCAAAUCAGAUGCCGACAUACAUGCUAAAGAUCAUUUUAGUGAUAUCCCACUUGUUUGUGCUGCCGCAGCAGGUCGAAUAGACAUUGUUAACAUGUUAUAUCCACUUUACAAUGUCAAUAGUGCUUUAUAUAACAGAUUACUAUCAGUGGGAAACAUCAACGAUCAUUCCAAUGUUACUCGAACAAUACAAAUGAAAGAAGAGUUAUUUAACACAAUAGCUGCAGAAACGAAAAGCUUUGAGUUAAGCAAGAGAAAAUACAAAAAGUGGUUGGACAAAAAAAUUAAAGUUACUGCCGAGGAAGAGAAAAUUAAAGGAAAUAGCUAUGUCAAACUUAAAAAGAUUCUACGACCUAGAAUAAUUGCGUAA